AUGGCCGUGCCGCAUAUUGCUGUCAGAGCUGACAAGACCUGGCGGCUUCGGUCGGGUGAACCGACCGAAGACACUCGGUCAUCCCCGGAGGUGGAGGCUUCUUCACUUUCGGGGCCGAACGUCGAUCGGCUCCGGGAGCAGUACUGCAUCCCGGAGCAGUUUCGGCUGUUCGCCCCUGGCGCCGAUGGUCGGGUCAAUAGCCCGCCCGAGGGUCAGGUGGCGUUCUAUCUGGAGGAUCUCCAGGCCGGCCUCAGAUUCCCGGUUCCGGAGUUCGUCCGGAACGUUCUGGACUAUUACGGGCUAUGCCCGGCACAACUUGCGUCGAACUCGAUUCGGCUAAUAGUCAGCUUUGCCCUCCUGUGUCGGCUUUUGCCGACCGAACCUCGGAUCUCUCUCUUCCGAGUUUUCUUUGUCCUCCGUCCCCACCCUAAAGCCCGAGGGUGGUGGUACUUCAUUCCUCGGAAAGGGCUCUCUUUUAUUACUGGUCUUCCGACAUCCAUUCACGGAUGGAAGAAUCAGUUUUUCUUUGCGUCGUCCUCGGCUCCAUGGGGGUUUCCCGUCCGUUGGGGGAAUCCCCGAACCGAUCCGAAUGAGAACAGUCGGGUGGAGGCCGACGAUCGGGAGGACUUCCAUCGGCUAAAGGAUAUCUCGGUGCCGAAGCAGAGCGAGCUCGUCACCGAGCAGGCCUUGUACGACGCCGGCCUUAGCCCGGUCCCCCGUUUAGAUAUGCCGCCGAGGAUGCGACUGUCGGCAGCCGACAUACGUCAGCAUGCCGUGAGGAAGAGGCCGGCGGCAGGUGCCGGGCCGUCGCAGCCUCCCAAGAGGCCCCGCAUGGUCCCGCCGAGCGAACCAGCCGGGUCGGAGGCGGAGCCGGUGAUCGCACUGUCGGUGCCGACAAUGCUUGUAGAUGUCCCGUCCGAGGGACCGUCAGUCGGGGGAGCUGCUUCGCCCGACCGUCGAGCGGCUGAUUCUGUCGGGGGCACGCCGACCGACCGACAGAUUCCGGAGGUUCGGGAGGAGGUCCGCGAACCUGAGCAGCCGACGCAUGCCAUCGCCGCGCCGUCUGCCGAGACUCGGUCGGGUUCGAGCUUGCCGUCGAUCUCCGACGUCAGGGCCUGGACGGCCAGCCGAGGUAAGGCCCCAAUGGCGUCGGGUGACGAAGGUCGGUGCAUGGUGUGCAUUCCCCAAGGCCUUUCCGCACAGGGAAGUGUGAGCCUGGAAUGCCUAGAAGGGGCCUAG